AUGACCAGAGAGACCAGAUCGAAGACCCCAGGGUCUUCCCUCAGUGGCGCCAACUCGGAACCAGACGCUGGCGCCAGUGAGGGAGGGCAGCCAACAGAUUCGAAUGACCUUAGUGCUGAGAUAACACUCAUGAGACUAAAGAUAGAACUCGAGAAAAUAAAACUAGAGCAGCUCAAAAUGACGGGGCAGCCUCAUGAAGAGAACACUCGGGGUAAGGGGGGAGUCGGACGGUAUGCAAAGGAGCUACGUGCGGUGCUGGCGCCAAUGCCCGAGACGGACACAUUGGUACCUGCAUGGUUUAAGGGCGCGGAAACAAUGUUGGCGAGUUGUGAGAUUCCACAGGACCUACACGGGGCAAUCAUCCUACCUUUUCUAAACGAGAAAGCUAGCGCCGUGGUGGCAAACAGAGCAGAGGGACGGGUAUUGAAGUACAAGGAGCUACGAGACAUUAUCCUCGACGAGCUCAGGAUGACUCCGGAUGAGUACAAGCGGAGGUUUAAUGUCGCGCGCAAACAAGAGAACGAGUCGUGGGCACAGUUCUCUACAAAUCUUAAUACUAUGUAUGGAUACUACAUGGAGAGCCGCAAAGUGGAGACACUAGAUGAUUUACGGCAGCUGACCAUCUCAGAUCGCCUAAAGCAUGCCAUGCCGGAUGAUGUACGCGCCUACGUCCUUCAGAACGAAACCAAAGAAUGGCUAAGGCCAAAGGAAGUGGCGGGACUUGCGGAGAAAUUUGAGGAGAGUAGACACAAUCGAAACUGGAGGCCUCAGAGACCGACUGAGAGGCCACAGGUGAACUUGCGGGGUGGGCCUGCGAAAGUUGGGGGCGACCAGCGUAGGAUUGAGAAACCCCGACCACCAGGGUGCUUCGCGUGUGGGAAGCUGGGGCAUUUUAGGCAGAACUGUCUUGGAUUAGCGCAUAGAGCCGUGGACUCCGGGAAUAAAUCGGCCUCCGCGGGUCUGAGUGCAAGGGCAGCGCUUUUGCCGCAGUCACGCGAGACCCUUGAGACGGCGGGGACGCGCAGGCAUGGGGAAACAGGUUCAGGUAUAAGCUGGGUACAGCUUACGGCAGGGGGCACACCCUUCUCUGCCUGUUUGGACUCGGGCGCUGACAUAACUGUCGUGAGGCGGGAGGUGGUGCCCGAGGAGUCACGCAGGCGGGGAGGGGGAGAAAUCAUGCUCAGAGGUGCAUUCGGCCAGACGGUGACGGCAGAUCUGAGGUAUGUGCCGUUGGGGCUGUGCACCGCAGACGGCGGGACUGGCCAACAUGUCGCCGUGCUGUGUGCGGUAACGGAAAGACUCGCGCAGGGGGUGGAGGCGCUGCUGACGCCGGACGCAUUUGAGGUACUUACGCGAGCAAACGCUGAGUCUGCUGAGCAGGCAGAACAGGUGCAAAGGCUGGAGGCAGAAAUCAGAGCGGAACAGGACCACGUCUCCGGCGAUCCCCCUUUGGAGUUCGAGGAAGUGGUAGAGGGCAUUGAUUCGGCCGGGAGCACGUGUGAUGUAGACUUGGUCGAGACAGUUACGGAACGGAGCGCGACCGAAACGGGGUUCGUAAGCGAACAGAGAGACGACGGCUCGUUGCAGGGCUCGUGGGAACAGGCCCGAAGCGGCACGCAUGGCAUGUUGAUUGAAGGUAAUUUGUUGUAUCACACAGAACAAAUCGACGGGAAAGAAUGCAAACAGCUGGUGCUCCCGAAGCCCCUUAGGGAAGAGGUGUUACAAUUGGCGCACGACAUGCCAUGUGGAGGGCACUUCUCACAAAAGAACAAUCGAAACUGGGAGCCCCAGAGGGCGGCCGAGGGGCCACAGGUGAACAUGCGGGAGACGAUGAGAAGGGGAGGCAGCGCUGGCGAUGCAGCCGUGGCUAUGGCCGCUGUCCUUCAAGUGGUGUCGCCCAUUGCCUCUGGCGUCGGCGGAGACUGCUUCGGAAUCUUCUACGACGCUUCCACCGGCACGAUACGCUGCCUUGACGGAAGCGGAAGGAGCCCCGCUGCUUUGACUAAAGAGCACCUGAUGGCUGCGGAAACCGAUGGAUUCAUCAAAGCUGAUUCCCGGGGUCUCCUAGCCACGGUACCGGGAGCGGUAAAGGCCUGGUUUGAGACCGUGGAGCACUUCGGAAGUGGAAAGCUCUCCAUGUCAGAGAUCCUGGAGCCUGCCGUUCGCUUCGCAAAAGAAGGUUUUCCCCUCAGUCUUCCGGGGGCCUUGUUAUGGGAGAGAGCCAAGCCUAAACUGCUGAGGAUGCACGGUGGAAGAGCCUAUCUCAUCGACGGGGAGACCGUCCCGUCUCCUGGAGACAUUUUGAACAACGUCCCAAUGGCAGGCCUGCUAAAGAGGAUAGCGGACGAAGGUCCCAGCGCCCUCUACGCGGGUCCCGUGGCCCAAAACAUCGUGGAGGCGGUGGCGGAGGUCGGAGGACUCAUGACCUUGGAUGACCUGCGGAAACACCUCGAGUCCUCCGAGCCGACGGUCUUGCCAGCCAUUUCAACGACCUACAGAGGCACGACGGUGCACACGACGCCCUUGCCGAGCCAGGGGGCCAUUUUGUUGGACGCCCUCAACAUCCUCGAGCUAUUCGAUCUUGAACCUACCAAGUCGAAUCCUGCAAAAUACUAUCACCUUGUGAUUGAAGCGAUGAGGUUGGCCUCAGAAGACGGCUUGCUUCACGUUGCCGAUCCACAGUUCUCGAAUAUAGACCAACUGAUACGGAAGGAACAUGGCGAGAAGAGGAAAGAACUCCUUGAUGUCGAGAGGUUCGUGCCCCGUUGCUCGAAGGACCUGCCCAAUGGCAAACAGGGCGGCACUACCUUCAUGGCCGCUGUGGACCCCUGGGGAAACGCAUGCUCCUUCAUCACUAGCAUCGCUCAUCCCUUUGGCUGUACCACUGUCCCAGAGUAUGGAUUCGGAGUACACGCACGUGGCGAUGGUUUCAACACAAUGCUUGAACACCCCAACUGCGCAGCGCCAUGCAAGAAGCCUUUUCACAGCUUGAUGCCAGUGUUGGUCACAGACAGCUCCUCAGGAAAACUGUUGUCUCUAGUUGGUACAGUGGGAGGGAGUGCACAACCACAAGCAAUCCUGCAGGUAACUACUCUGCUUAACAGUGAGCCCAAUUCAAGUGACCCACUCACGGUGGAAGACGACGUCGACGCUGAAUUAAUCGAGGGCCUGAAGGAAAGAGGCCACGCCUUCAAGCAGGUCGUCAGCGGCAUCGAUAGAUCGGACAUGGGCCACGUCCACGUCAUCUCCAGGGGCAGGUGGUGGGACCCAGAGACGCGCGGAUCAGAUGGCCACGGGACUGAGGAUGGCGUUCUCUGGUGCGGCGCGGAUCAAAGAUGUGGCGGUGUCGCCAUGGCUUACUGA